GUCUUUAGUUUUUGGGUGCAUACUGCAUAAGUCAUAACCUUAAACUUAUAUUUUGUUAUUUAGUUCACUUGUGUCUAUGCUGAAUUACUUUGAUAUAGAUUUUUCAAAGAUAAGUUUGAAUUUACUUUAGUCUCUUGAUAUUAUUAUAAUUCCUAAACAAUUUGGCUACAGUUAUGAAAUCUCGGUUCAGCUUUGAUUUCAAAGCUUUACAACUAAAGAUAACUGAUGCAUCUACGAAUCCUCACAUGAUAUAUAUAAAGGAACAUUUAGUGAGAGAUCAUACAGCAGACAAACCUUCGGGUCGUACAUUAUUUAUUGUGAAUGUACCACCAUAUGUUGACGAACAAAGCAUUACCAAUGCUUUCAAAGAAGCUGGAACUAUUCAAUCUGUCCACUUUUCUGAAAAACCUAACACAAUUAAUUCCAACACUGAAAAAUUUACAGUGGACCCAUGUAAGCCUUCUUUCAGAGUUUGUUACUUAGUAUUUAAAAAAGUCGCUUAUUUGCAGAAUGCUUUAAAAUUAAAGGAGCUACAACCAAUGAACUUAGAUGCACAUAUUGUUCUAGGAAUAAAUAAGUUCAUACAUGAGCAUAAUGAAUCAGUUUUUAAGCCCAUGGAACUUAAAAAUAGAAUUGAGAUAUUUAUGAAAAGGUGUGAUGAGAAAAUUAAGAAAGAAAUAGAGAAGGAAAAGCAAUUGGAACAAGAAGAUGAUGAAGGUUGGAUCACAGUUACCAAGAGAAGUAAGGUUCAAAGCUUUGCUCGUACUGAAAAAGUUGAAAAUAAAAUAAUGGCUAAAGAGAAUAAAAGUAAAAAAAAGAAAGAAUUAACCAAUUUCUACACAUUUCAAAUAAGAGAGUCUAAAAUGAAACACAUUGUUUCAUUAAGACAGAAGUUUGAUGAAGAUAAAAAGAAGAUUGCACAAAUAAAACAAAGUAGAAGAUUUACGCCAUUUUAAUUGGCAGUAUAAUAAAACAUUAAAAUUAUAA